AGCUCCCACAAUGCACCGCACUGUUAUGGUCUGGAGUGUAAACAUGGCGGCGGAUGGAGGUAUACGCCCCAGCUGCGCGAUCCAGAGAACGUUUUCCCGGUACCAACCGAACCCCGGGCGGUCCAGCUGCACGGUAGUGUGCCGGGAGUCGCUCUUUCUCGUGGCUCUCCAGCGCUACGGGAAGGACCUUGGGUUUCAAGUGAUUUUCCCGCAGUCCAUCCACCCGAGUGACAGUCUGUAUGAUGCUACCGUUACCGACGGGGAUUGUAAAGUACGGGUUACCGUCGACCCAAGUCUGAACGGAUUGGUUGAAAGGAAUAUUUUACGGUGCGGCUGCCGGCUACGGAACGUUAGCUUUGCUCCGGGGCUGUCCGUGCGUGAGGAGGCGAGAGAUCGCAGCUCGUGUAAAACCUACCGAGUGGUAAGUCUGGAAGUUGUGGGUGAUAGCGAAACGUGCGACGGGCGCGAGCCACUGAGUGGGGUGAAUGUGGGGGCGUUACCGUGGUUCGGGGUGAGUACCGGGGGAGAUCCGGACCGGGACACCGGACAGGAAGCGGCGGGACCGUUCCUGCUGCCGCUCCGGGCUCACCGGAGCACCUACCUACCGUUGUGGAACAACACCGACUACUACGGGGCAGCGUGGCGGGACACGCCCCCCUCGCACAACUUAACGGACACGGAGGAGGAAGAAGAAGAGGAGGUGAGCCCUGCAGUGACCAUUCGAGAGCUUCAGGAGGAGUUCUCCCGAUGGGGCGGGACUGGAGGUGGGGCCAGGCAGAGGGGCGGGGCCAGGAGGCGGCUGGUGGUCAGAGUUAUGAACAAGUCCAAACUGGUGUAUUAUGGGAAGGCUGACACGAACUGUGAAUGUCCUUAUAAGGCGCUGCUGGAGGUGCGCGACGUGUCGGCGGGUGUGUGUGUGGUUCUGUGGAACAGUGUGUGUGUGGAGUGGUACCGCAGUCUGAGACAAGGACAGUUGCUGUCGCUGGUCGGCUACAGGGUCAAGAGGUCAUUCAGAACCCAGGAACAGGACCCUGUGGAGAUAGAGCUCAGUCUGAACUCCAGGAACCCAGCUGCUGACAUCACCAUCCUCCCAGAAUCCUCUGUUUCCCUCCCACUACCAAACCCCUCCUACAGCUUCCACUGCGGGAAGGAACUCCUUGACUGUCCCCAUGGCAUCCUCUGUGAUGUCAUCGGCCUGGUGGUGUUUGCUGGGCGGACUGAGCGAAUCAGGAGCAAGGAUACUGAGGGGGCGGGGCUGUUGGAGUAUUGCUGGCUGCUAUUGGAGGACGGCACCACAGAUCAGCCAAUCGCUGUUCAGCUUUUCUCCACGUCUCAGCCUGAGACACACUCUAAGAUACACCCAUUGUCGGUCGUUGUGGUGACCAGGAUGAAGGUGGUCAGGUCUCCUGAGUCCUCCAACCAACACCUCGCUUCCACUAGCUACACACAAGUGUACUGUUCAGGCUCAGGCCACCACUCAGAGAUGCCCUACAGGAGGCUCCGUCCAGUCCGACAGUUUGUCCAAUGGCUGCAGAGCCUAGAUGACGGACAGGUGCUGGACAGGGCUGUGGUUGGUGGAUUCUUUAGCUACCCGCCCCUUCCUGUCACCUUGGAAAACUUCAUGAGGAGACAGAAAGGGGUCCCACAGCUUCUCAGAGGGGAGGAGUUUCAGAGGGAAGUGAAGAGACUCCAGUACAGAGAAAAACGUACACUCUGUAUCCAGGCAACCAUCACCAUGGUUUCACACUGCAGGAGAGGAGAGGAGGACCAGUGUUUGCUGUGGACAGACAGACGCUCAGCCCCAUCCUCCCCCCGCCUCCCCCCAUCCUCCCCCCGCCACUCCCCCUUUAAACUCUCCUCCCUCUCCCCCUCCCCCUCCCCUAGCACUUCUCUAAAUACCUCCCUUCGACUCUCCCCCAUCACCUCUAACAUCACCCCCUCCUCCCCUCUCAGACUCUCCCCCAUCUCCUACCACCUCUCCCCCACCGUUCACCCACCCUCCUCCCCCUGUUCCAGUGCCUGCCUGUCCCCCUCCUCUUCUGGGUCGCCAGUCAAAUUGAAUCCCAGGCUUCAGACUCUUCCAGCAGGGUCUAAGAGGAGACUCUUCAGGCCAGCAGAAGCAGAUUCCAGGAAGAGGAGGUGGUCCCUCAACACACCACACACCCAGGAAGAUGACGACUUCCACACUGGAACCUUGUGGAGUGCUUCUAUGGAGUUCCUGCAGAACAAUGACGAGGAUGAAGAUGAUGAUGAUGAUGAUCAGUCCUUCCUCACCGCCCCCUCCCACAACUCCUCCCACGUGGGCAUGGCCCGUGUUGCCAUGGAGACGCUCCCACUGCGCUUCUGCUACGAGCGGAGGGAGGAACAGUCGGUCGCCUUGGCGAUGCAGGCCGGGGACAUUCAGAAGUGUCCAAUCAGAGGAGCCCUGGAGACCUUCAGCCCCGCCCACUCCUACACCGGACACUACACCCUAACCCUGAGAGCACUGACAGAUGGGGUCGUAGUGGAUGCAGUGUUUUUGCCCGCCCUCCCCCAACCCCCUCUCUGCCACCCCCACACACACGCCAACCUCUGGAGCUCCACCCUGCAACAUGGAGCCUUCUCCUCACACACACCACCCCCUGCUGCUGCCGACCUGAUCGCCAUGGCAGCACAGCUGUCCAAUCAGAGGCUGCUGUGUGUCCUGGAGGCGUGUUCUUUGGGCGGAGACGUGACAGAGCUUGUCCUAUCACGAGCCUACCCUCUGAGAGACUGACACACACACACACCACACACACACACACACCACGCACACACACACACACUGCCAGUGUUGUGAGUCUCUAUAAACAGUGUUUCUGAUUUCUGUGUUUCUAUUCUAUAAACAGUGUUUCUGUACUAU